ACGAUCUUGAAGAGUGAAGCGUCAAUGGAACCAUGGCUUCACCACCGAAGCGAAUCUUUUUCAUAUUACAUUGCAUGUGUCAGAUUACCCAGAACGCUUUAGUCCAGUUGAGCAAGACGUGCUUGACUGCUAAAGAGUAGAAAGGCUUUGAACAAUAUAGCUAAUUUUAUUCGUGGUUGUUUUAGAAGAUCAGGAAUCAUCCCAAUUGGACGGUUAACGUUAAAAAGAGCAUCAAUCAUGCACACUUAACCGUUAAAGUCUCGAGUCUUCUCCUUCGAAGAUGACUACGCUAACUCUGCAAUGGUCUCUUCUAAAUGCCACGUAAAAACUCCAAAACUGCGAAGCCUUCCUUGCUGUUCGUCGAGCCGCCUCUGAGGAGCGCCAAACGUCCAUCUGGUCCUGAGAUCCGGGCUGCCUUGCAUCCCAAAGUGUUCCUCACUAAGACACAAGCAAGCAGCAACCUCACUUCCUGGGUAAUCCCACAGUUUGACACAUCGCUGGAGGGUGCGGUGCCACGGGCAAGACGCGUUCGAAGCACUAAGUGCCACUUGGGCACCAGCAUCCAGGACACUUGCAUCCAGUUGUCCAAGAAAACCACCAGCAAGUUCCCCUCGCUGACAUUUCAAUCAAACGGCCACCAGCAUCCAGCAACGAAGAUUCACAGAAGCCAUGCUGCUGGCUCUGAAGGAAUCCUGCCAAAACAGAAACUCGAUGAUUCCACGAAAGGAGCCUCCAUCCCUGCACCACCUAAAGUGGACACUCCAAAAAUUACACUAGAAGAUGAGCGCACCCCUUCAUCUUCUCCAGCACUCCGGUUCCUCGCCCGCCCGCCCACACCGCCUCGCUGUCAGCCGCCUGACAUGCUGGUGCCCGACACGCCCGAGCAACACUACGGCCUGAAGGUGACAUGGAGGAAGCGGUUGUGGUUUAUGGCUUUGUUGGAGGAAAGAGGACAGCUGAUGGAGUGCCACAAGUUCAUCAACAGCAAAAGUUAGGAUGUGAUUUCCACUUGUUUUUGGACAAUAAUCCAUCCAUUCCCAUUUAUAUUUUCUUAUUCAUUCAGGAGCGCUGGUGAGCACAUUUUAACCAAGAAUUCAAACUCAUCUUCACCUUUAUGGAAAAUCUGGACUUUUAAAAUAUGAAAGAAAGCCUAAGCGGGAGUUUGUUUCAUAAAACACCUGCACGGUUCAUUCAUGCUUUCACAUGUUAACAAAAUGAUUGUAUGACUAAUGUCUUAGAGCAGGGGUCCCCAAACUACGGCUUCCACAUUUGGUCCGGCCCCCUGAACGAACAAAAAAAAGGGGAAAAAUAAAUAAAUAUAUUUUUUUUCUCCCAAUAGUGUUAUUUAUUUCCUGGCUUUUUUCUGUGAAGAACCCAGACAGGGUUAUUUGGUUAUUAUCUAUUUAAUUAAUAGUGUUAUUAUUAUAUUAUAUUAUAUUAUAUUUACUUUUGUUCCGUGAAGAAUCCAGAAAGGGUUAUAUGAUUGUGGCUUUCAGAAAAACAAUAAAUCUUUACAUUUUGGCACUCCUGCAAUCGUCACACCUUUUCUGUUACAAACUGACCCCGGCCCCUCAUCAGAGAAGGGAAAAGUUAUGUGGCCCUCACAGGAAAAAGUUU